AUGUCUAACAAAAAGCUAACUGUCCUAUUGGCGCCGGCACAGUUUGUGGGUCCCAUGAUGUCCAGUAUAGGUAUGGCCGAAGUGUUGCGAGACGUGGGCGGACACGAGUGUGUGUUUGCCGUCCGUAACGAUUGGAAAGCACGGCUCGAGGCCAUGGGAUUUGAGGUGAGACUUAUCGGGAAACCGGUGGACAGGGAUAUGGUUGUCAUGGAUUCGGCCGAUAGUAACGUAAAGGACGCUCAGGAGACGGGAAUUAUCGACGACAUCACACCAUUUGAAAAGGCUAUUAGUUGUAACGAUUUCUUUAUGCAAUUAUUACCCAAAGAGAUCCAAGAAACUGAUCCAUACAUCAGGAAUAUUAUAGCGGACCUCAAGCCGGAUGUCAUAAUUAGCGACAAUUUGAUAACACUUCCCUCUAUAGUAACAUCAGGCAUACCCUGGAUAUUCAGUUGGAGUAAUAAUCCUCAUUCACUGGAUUAUGGUUAUGAGGAUAAACGCCUCCCGCCAUCAUUUUUAGGAUUGCCGACAAAUAGUGAGACAGAAGUGAAGGAGAAAUACAGACAACAACUCAAUGAAGGAAAGGGAGAUAAAUGGUACACAUAUAGGGAUCAGCUCAUUGCUAGUGGAUGUCCGGAACUCAAGGAUUUCCUUAUGUGGACCCCAUCCCCCUUUGCAAACAUAUAUAUGAUACCUAAAGAACUGGAUUAUACGGACAUCAGACCACUUCCCGACAAUUUUUAUGGAUUUGAUUGUUUCAAACGCAGUGGAAAUGAAGAUAAAUUUGAAGUCCCAGAAAGUCUUAAGAAUAGGUCCGGAAAACUGAUUUAUCUAUCGUUAGGAUCUAUGGGUUCUGGAAAUGUGGAACUUAUGAAGAGAUUGGUUGCGAUUUUGUCCAAAUCUAAGCACCGGUUCAUUGUCUCCAAAGGUGUCAAACAUAAUGAAUACGAAUUGGCGGACAAUAUGUGGGGCGAGAGGUCUGUCCCUCAGGUGAAAGUGUUGUCAGUCGUAGACCUAAUGAUAACACACGGCGGCAACAAUACAGUCACCGAAACCAUGUAUUUUGGGAAACCAAUGAUAGUCUUACCACUAUUUGCGGAUCAAUACGAUAACGCACAGAGGAUUCAAGAGAAAGGAUUUGGUAUAAGACUCGACGCUUUCAAGUGCUCUGAAAAUGAUUUAUUGGAUUCAAUCGACAGACUAUUAAGCGAUCAAAUAUUGACCCAAAAAUUGGUAAAAGUGUCGCAAAGAAUUCAAAGCGAAAAGAAUAUCGAAAAACUCGUCAAAAUUGUUGAGAAUUUUAGUGAAAUAAUGAUUUGA